AUUUCUCAAUAAGUUUGUGAAUUACUGAAUUGUUUUGGUCAAGAGAUUAAAGUGUUAAUGACAAUAUUUAAGCUCUAACUUUACUAAUAGGAGUUAUUGUAUUCAUGGUUUAAUGAAAGAAGUUUGGUGUUGUAUAAAAUGUUAAUGUUUUCAUUUGAAGUGGGUGUUAUUAUGUGAUGGUCAUUUUGUCACCAAUUAAACUGAUAAAUUAUUGCGUUAUGUCUAUUUUUGAAUACAUCGAGAAAGGGAGAAGGGAUCAAAUCUAGAUUUUGAGUUUAUGAAGGCGAAACUUAUGCAGUACAAAGCAAAAUGACGAGUACCAAAAUCCUGUUCAGCAAUGGCGUUGUAUCGAACUCCUCCGGCACUCCUCCUGUCUCGACCUUCCUCCAAACCCAUCCAGGUGCAUACACGACAACUCGCACUUACAACAAUGGUUCAUGUCUCAUGUUCUGGGAUAGACAUUUACAGAGGCUAGCAAAUUCUGCAAGAAUUCUGUUCGAUUCACACCCACAAUUAUUGUUUAAAUCAAGUCAUAAUACCAUGCCAUCAUUGUCAAAAUCAAAACCAUCAUCAUCAUCAUCAUCAAUGUGGGAAUCAAUGGUUAAGUCUUUAGUAAAUGAUUCAAUGAAUAAAGUAAUGCCCAUUGCUUUGAAAGAGAGGAGAGACGAGGAAGAGUUGGCAGUUACUGUUCUUUUUAGUGGGGAUUUUGAUAAAUUGAGUGGAAUGGAGAAUGUGGGUAUUGAAAAUAUGUGUAAGAUUUUUGAUGUGCAUGUGCAUUUGAGUGGAUAUGUACCUCCUGUGUUUGGUUUUCAUGGAAAUGGGGUGAGUUUGGCUGUGGUGGGUCGUGGAAGGGAUGUUGCGGAGGCAAAGUACUCAGAUUGGGUGAGGCUUAGGAAGUCUUUGGAGAAGCUGAGGCCACCAACAGUCACUGAGCUUUUGUUGUCAAAUAAUGGUGAUCAAAUUCUUGAAGGCUCAGUAACAAACUUUUUUGUUGUUUGUCGCAAGGAUAACAAUGAAACUGAGGACAAAUGCUUGCAAAGUAACUAUGCUUUUGAAGUGCAAACAGCUCCUAUAAGUGAUGGUGCCCUUCCAGGAGUUAUACGCCAACUUGUUAUUGAAGUAUGCUUAAACAAGGGAAUCCCUGUACGUGAAGUCGCACCAUCAUGGUCAAAGCAGGAACUAUGGGAAGAAGCAUUCAUUACAAGUAGCUUGAGAAUCCUACAGCAUGUGGAGUCGAUUCAAGUUCCAAUAAUCUGGGGAUUGCAUGAAUCAAAGUGUUGGAACGAUAUUGCAUGGAAGGAGAAGCAGAUUGAGGAGAGUCCUGGGAUGAUUACGCAAUUAAUUCAGAAAGAAAUCAUGGCAAGAGCAGGUCUGGAAAGGAACAUAUAAAACAGGUGACAGAAGCAUUUUAGUUUUGAUCUGCAUGGAAAGGCUGGAAGAAAAUAGCAUACCACCCCAUCGAUAUCAAGAUGGGCAUGCGACUUGUCUUGCCUGUUCUUGUGAAAUGUGUGAUUCACCCAAAGCUUACGCAGUAUGAAAUACCCAAAGUAUAUCUGCAAACAGUUAACUGUUG